AGUGACAGUAAAGGAUAUCCAAACUGACUCUUUCCUGAAGUCACAUUUGACUAACUAAACUGUUUUAUGAUCUGUUCACACUUUUACGAUGCCCACUUGUCUUUGUCCGUUUCUCUCCCUCCCUUUCUCCCUGCCAUUCAAAAUAAAAGAUUAGAGAGUAGGAUCAUGCAAAUGAAAAUGUAUCCUUAUGCUCACCAUUACGACUGCUCGCUACGAGGGGGAGAUCUGUGCCUUGUCCUGGGUCCUGUCAACGAGUAAGAGCCUUACUUGUGAAACGUCUUACAAAUUGUCAGUUGAGAGAAAAAGGUAAACAUCUGAGAGAGAGAGCUGAAUUAAUCCUGAUUGAGCUCUUCGGACCAUAAAUUAGCCGCAAAACAAUUAUGGGGAUCCAUCUUUGCCUUUGGCUGUUCUCUAUAAUUACCUCUUGUUCAAGCUCAUGGAACGGUUUCAAUGAUGAGCCAAACCUUCGUUCCACAUUUUAUAACCUCAACUGGAUGAAGGAUAUACCUGAGAAUACUUUAGUAUCUGCUAUCUCCAUUCCAGGAACCUAUGAAAGCUUUUCAUUACAUGGAGGACCACUAGUUCGAAGUCAAGUUUGGAAGUUAAAAGAUCAACUUAAUGUGGGAAUACGGUAUUUUGAUAUGCAUGUUGGAAUUUGGCACAAACAUAAACAAUUGAACAUUGAUAUCCGGGAUAAACACUUUAUGUUUGACCAAAAUAUUCGAUUGGAUCAAGUCAUAGAGAUCAUGUUAGAUUUCUUAGAAAAUAGUGCUGACACUGUGCUCCUCAAAGUCAGAAUUCAUUGGUUAUUCCGAUCCUAUGUUAGAAAACUCAUAGAGCAGUUAAUUGAAAAGCACGAAGAUAAAAUAUGGACUAUGUCGUCAGUACCAAAAAUGCAAGAGGCAAGGGGAAAGAUUAUUAUUGUAAAAAGUGAAACGUUCAAUGUUGGAAUAGAGAACCGUGAUUCUGUUUUAUGUGAAAAGAAAAAGUUCACAUUUGGUGAGGAAAAAAUUAUUCGAUUAAAGUCGGACAUAUGUAACCAUACCAUUAUAGUGACUGCCUGCGUGGCAGGUUUGACGGAUUUUCCUAAAAAAUUGGCCAAAAACGUUAACAAGCAGCUUCUAAAAUUUCUGGUGGAACAGAAAUAUGAAUUAAACCACAAUUGCUUAGGUGUCUUCAGCAUGAACUACCCAAGUCCUGAUCUUAUUAAAAACAUCAUUCAACUCAAGAUAUGCCAAUGCGAUAUGCCGGGUUUUGAAGGAGAAACCCCUCAACCAACAGUUGAACCAGGGACUACAGCAGAAUUGACUACCGAAAUAAAUCCCGACCCAACAACUGAACCAGGGACUACACUGAACCAGGGACUACAGCAGAAUUGA